ACAAAGGGUGUGUGUGGUUGGAGGGAAUACAAGUGUAUUCCCAGGAAUGUUGAGAUGGGAAUAUCUUAUUCCCAUGUUUGGUUCAAGAGUUAAAAAAUUAUUCCUGGGUAUAUUUUAUUCCCUGGAAUCAAAAUCCCACCCAUUUCAUUCCCAUAUCCUCCCUAGGUAUCUCUAAUUCCAAUGGGAAUGGAAUGUUAAUAAUAAAGUAAAAAGACCAAAAACACCCUUGUUAAUUUCACUCCAACCCUUCUCUUCAGAUUUUUUUCAAUUCAUUUCAAACAAAACGAAACCCUAGCAGAGACCCCUCCUCCAUGAAAACCAAUCCCUAGCGAGGCUUUUCUUCAAAUUCACGGAGGUUCCACCGGCGUCGGCGCCGCCUCGCCGCCGAUUUCGAUUUGCACAACCACUGCGCUCCUUAUUCUAGAAGAAAAUCGUUCGCGUUCGUGUCAUCAUCACAGCUCACGGUUCCUAUUCGUGCUUCCUGUCCGUGUUCAUCGUCUCGAGUGGUGCUUCCUGUUCGUGUCGUCUCCUUCAUUUCUCUCCCUCCUCGCGGCUCAGCAAUAGCCAUCAAAGAGAGUUUAAUUUUUCUUCUGCAACCUUGUUCAUCUUUUUCAAGCACAAAAUCUUCUUCUUCAGUCUAUAGAAAAUGGAAGAGAAUACUCGACCUAAUUCAAAGCAAACUAAGCGUCAAUGGACGCCACACGAAGAUGCAAAAUUAGUUGAGUGUUUGGUGGAGCUUGCAACUACUUCUUGGAAGUGUGACAAUGGCACGUUUAAAUCCGGUUAUGGAAAACAUUUGGAAAAAAUGCUGCAUGAAAAAAUCCCUGGAUGUGAUCUUAAGGCUAAUCCACACAUUGAAUCAAGGGUGAAAUUGCUAAAAAGACAAUAUUUUGCAAUAGUUGAGAUGAUGGGCACAGCUGGGAAUGGAUUUGGUUGGAAUGACAAAGAUAAAAUGAUUGUGGUGGAGCGACAAAUUUUCAAUGAAUGGAAGAGUUCACAUCCUAAUGCUAAUGGCCUCUAUAAUAAACCAUUUCCACAUUUUGAGGAGUUGGGAAUAGCAUUUGGUAGAGAUAGGGCUCAAGGAGGCAAUGCAGAAAAUAUAACUCAAGUAGUUGCUACAAUGGAGGCUGAGCGCGAAGCAACCUUGAGUGAUCGGCAAGUGAAUGAAAACACCCAAGUAAAUUUGGAAGUUACAACCAAAUAUGGGAAUCAUAUAUUCCAAGUAAUCACAUUCCUAGGAAUAUAA